CAAUUAUAGUAUAUUGGAAAAGCUAUUUGAAUCGAUAUUAUAUUAGACAAGUUUCAUUUGUUUAAUCAAUAGUAAAUGUCAAUACAUAAGACAUUGGGAAUAAUGUAAUAAAUCAGAGCAAAGACCUCAGCGUCUUAGCCAAAGGCCAUGGAAGAGAUCGCAAAGCCACUUGGGACUUCUCUCUUGGUGCCUUCAGUUCAAGAAUUGGCUAAAGAAAAUAUAUCGAAGGUUCCACAAAGAUACAUUCAGCCUCAAUAUGAAAACAUGGUGGCCAUCUCUGAAGAAGUUAAUAGUAGCCUUCAGAUUCCAGUAAUUGACAUGCAGAGCUUGCUUUCUAUAGAAACUGCUAGUUCUGAAUUGACCAAACUUCACCUUGCUUGCCAAGAAUGGGGAUUCUUCCAGCUAGUAAAUCACGGAGUUAGCUGUUCUUUGUUGGACAACGUAAAGUUGGAGAUUGAGGAUUUUUUCAACCUUCCAAUGUCAGAGAAGAGAAAGUUUUGGCAGAGUCCACAGCAUAUGGAGGGGUUUGGACAAGUAUUUGUUGUGAAUGAAGACCAAAAACUUGAUUGGGGUGAUGUGUUCUAUAUGACCACAUUUCCAAAACAAUUGAGAAUGCCCCACUUAUUUUCACAGCUCCCUCUUCCUCUCAGAGACACCUUAGAACUUUACUCACAAGAACUGAAAAACUUAUCCUUGGUUAUUGUUGCCCAAAUGGCAAAGGCUCUAAAGAUGAAAGAAAUGGAAAUGUUAAAGUUAUUUGAAGAUGGGAGACAGUCAAUGAGGAUGAACUAUUACCCACCAUGUCCACAGCCAGAGAAGGUUAUUGGCAUCACUCCUCAUUCAGAUGGAGUUGGUCUCACUAUCCUUCUGCAAGUCAACGAAGUAGAAGGACUCCAAAUAAAGAAAGAUGGCAUGUGGGUUCCUAUUAAGCCCCUGCCUAAUGCUUUCAUUGUAAACGUUGGUGAGAUACUUGAGAUUAUAACCAAUGGGAUAUACCGAAGUGUGGAGCACAGAGCAACAGUGAACUCUGAAAAAGAAAGGCUUUCAAUUGCAACAUUCCACAGCACCAAACUAGAUGUUGUGGUGGGUCCUUUGGCUAGCUUAAUCACUGAAGAAACACCAGCACGGUUCAAAAGAAUCAGAACUGAGGAAUACUUUAAGGGUUUAUUUGCUCAAAAACUUGAAGGAAAGUCUUACUUAAAUACCUUGAGAGUUGAGCAUCACAAUUGA